AUGCAUCAUAACGGGCAACACCAUCCGCGAGAGAAUAAUAUUCCGCCGGCAUUGCUUGCCAAGUACGGGGUCUUCCUCUUACAUAAUAACUUUUCAAGUUCUUCAGAUAUUACAACGCGCCCUUCCAUCAAGAAAGGCUUAGCCUUGCUAAAUAAGACUUCGCAGGAUGCUCUACCACCAUCCCAGAUAAGCAGCGUGGAGCUCUACCAUUAG